AUGAGCCCCUUGAACCUGGAAGGCUUAUUGCACACGCUUGGGAGGGUCAUGACCGAGCAGAGGGUCUACGAGAUCGAGUCGGUCACAGAGAUUGUGCUUGAUGUGGACAACUGCGAUGUCGAGAUGUUGCCUUUGCCGGCGAAUCUGCCAAAGAGUGUGGUGACAGUGCAGUAUUGGAAGUUCAUGAAUCAGAUCCACGGCGUGGAUCGCAAAGGCUUGUCUCAUGGUGGUGAGGAGCUCACGGUCAAUCUUGACAUGCGGGUCAAGAUCCCGAUGUUCCGGUGCCUCGUUACCAUCUUCUCGCCCAAGGGCAAGCUGGACCGUCUCUCCGGGCAUGUGGGUGGAAGCGAGCACUGCCGUAUGGUAAUGGCCGAAGCGUUGGCCAACGAGGUAAACCUGACUUCGCAGCAAGUCUCUGUGCAAGUGGCAUCUUUGCCCAAGAAGCUCGCUCUGCACAGCUCACACGGUAUGGUUGCGUUUCACCCAAAAGCGCCUACGGAAGACUGGGAGGUGCAUCUCAAGGCAGACAGUGUGAACGUCUUCGCUCAGAUUCCAUCGGACAUCUCCGUGAAGCUGCAUGGCGAGGCUGAAACUAACUCGGUGCUCUGCGGCGAUGCUGCCUCCAAGACCAGUUCAGGGUACGACUUGACAUACUCCGACUCAUCUGCGGGCACGAAGGGCAUUUUCACUUUGGAUGUUGUGAACGAGGCCGCUGGCUAUCUGCAGGCAGGGAGAGAUGCUGCAGCCCCAGGCCUCGAAGUCGUACGUGGGAGCUCCCAAAAGAAGCCGCAGAUCUUUGACCACUCUGUCGAGCAGUUGGAGGAUCUGGCGGAUUGGAUGAAGCAGCGUGCACAGGGGGCCGCGCCUUGGGUGGCCCGUGUGCAUGUGAACGGCCCCGACUUGCCCAGGGGGAGCUGGGAAAUCCUCUCCUCAGAGGCCUUCCUCACCGUGCCGCUGCAGUGGUAUGUGUUGCUCUCUGCCGGCACCCUGCGGCCGAUUGUGAAGGAGGUGCACAUCCACCCAAUGGGCUUGGGAGCAUGGCCACUGCCACCCAAGGAGCUCCAUGGUGCCCAUAACCGCACAAAGCGGCGGUUAGACCCCAUCUUGGACAAGGAGUUCCAGCUUCUUCUGCCGUUCUUGCAGAAGGCGGAGGCCCCUAGCGCCACGGUGGCCUGGGUUCCCCAUGUCGGCCGACCGCUGGUCCUCACCAAGGCUACGAAUGGCUGGGCGGCCUCUGCCCUCAGCUACACCCAGGUGAACGUGCUCAUGUUCCUCAUUGCUGUGGCUUUCAACGUAGUGGUCGCUUUCACGGUGUCCGCAGGCUUCCUGAUGUGGCUGCAGAACAACGCAGAGGCGCAGGAGGAACUCCGGGACGAGGCUGUCACCACUGCCUCCUCGCACCGCGUUGGAAAGCUUAGUGGCAAGACCAACACCAGCUGGCGAGUCAUUGCCACACACGUGGAGCAGCCUGACCAAGGAGUCAUUCUGCGGUGGCGCAAGCGAACAGGUGUGCAGCAGUCUGUGUACCUUUGCGUGAAGGCGAAAGCCGACCCUGAUCCUUCACGCGGGCUUGAGGGUGACGAGAUUUGCAUCGACAUGGCGAACCAAGAGCGCAUUGAUAUGAAGAGUGAGAGCAACAUCAUCGUCGAGUUUUUCUUCUCUGCGUCAGGCAGCAAGGGCUACCCCGCGACCGGUGGCUAUGAACCCACCGGGAAGGAUUUGAAGUGCCAGUACAACUAUCGCUUCCAGAUCGAGGGCUACAACCACAACCAGGAGCAUGUGGCGACCUCAGAUUGGUCGAAUGAGGUGUACAUCAAGCCAAGGAGCACAGUCUUCGACCUGCCAUUGCGCAUUCUCAAGUCCAAUUUCGCAGUCCCGACCAAUUCUUUGGAGUAUUUUGUGGAGCAUUUCGCAGAAUUCAACAUCAGUGGGAAGCAUCCGCAACAGUUGGUCAUUCUCAGCAAGAUCAAGGUGUGCUACCACAAGAACUGGAAUGACUUCCGAGACUGCAAGUCAGAUUUUUGCCUCACUGCGCACAUGGGCGAGAGCAGCGUAAAAUGCGAGAAGGACACACGCUCCGGCACUUGUCGGAACUUUGACAAGACCGGCAUUUUUCAACCGUUGAAUGUGGGCAUGGACAUUGAUGACGACGAAGAUGCCCGCACGCAGGAGCUUGAUGAGGCGAUCAUUGGCCCGAACCAGUCGCUGGAGCUGGGCGCGGCAGACCGGAGGCUUACGGACGUGUACAUCACCCUGCGAAAGUCGUCGGGGGAAGAUGUUGCCGAAGGCAAGCUGGAUUGGUGGGACCUCGUUGAAGCCUUUGAGCAGUCGGAGGAGCAGCAGAUCUUCGUCGAACUUGUUACUGACAAGGUUGAAGGCGAGUUUGACGAGGAUUGGCUUAUCUGGGUCGAGGCCGAGGUGACCUUUCGAAAUGAGCUGGACCCCGAGUGCGAGCAGAUGCCCUUCAGGGACCGCUUCUUUCAGUCGGACCCGCCGGGGGAGAUUUACUACGAGGGCAUGGAGCGCUUCGUCGCGUGGGAUCCGACCAGUGAGUCCCUUGCCGAGAUCAAGGAUUUCGAUAUCUUCCUCACUUAUCCGGAUGAUGACCUGGAUCCUGUUUUGCUGGUGGAGAAGGCACAGGUCUCCAAUGGAGGGGCCUCGAUAAUGAUCACCUUCCCUGCGGGCAUCUCCGCCAACUAUGUCGUUUGCCAGAUGGGCGUUGAGGCGUUCAACCAUGAUGGCGAGGUCACGUAUGCCAGGAGCACCCUUGACGAGCAGAUGCCGAUGAAAUCACAUCGGUUCAUCAUCUGCCGUACUUGGAAUCUUGCGGAGUUCGAGCUUAUGUAUGCGUCGUUCUGCCGAAUGAACAACAUGGAGAUGGAGCGUGUCACGGAGGACGCCCUGGCAAGCUAUGGCAUGGUGGUGGCACGGGAGCAGCUGAAGGUGGUGCACAACCUCCGAAGGAACCUGGUCUUUGAGGAGGUGCUGCAAGAUGAUCGAGUGCUUGACUGUCCAGGGCUGAUCAUGAUUAGUGAGAAGAACAUCAUCGCGAAGCAUCCCAGCGUCGCCUCGGGUGAGCCGAUCGUGAUGGGCUCCGAUGCCGGGGGCAGUCUGAUCCACACUAUUUCCUCUGGCAAGUCGCCUCUGCUUGGUGGCUCCAGUGGUGCUGGAGGCGGACGCUCUGGCGCCCGGGCCGGGCCGAUCGUCAUCAAGCCACGGGAGUAUCGUGCGACCUUUCAGACAGUUGGCUUCUUGGAGAAUGCCUGGCCACGUUAUCCCAGCAUCUUCGAUGUUGCAUACGGAACUGGCUGGAUGCCAAGCUUCUUGUUGUUGAACUCGUUCUACCCCGUGGACAACAUCAUUAACGCAUUUGCUCAGGGUGCAGAAGCAUUGCAGCUCCAAGUGGCUUACCAGACGGUCCAAGUAUUGGGCGGGCGGCGAGUCGCAGACAACCUCUUGGCCUGUUUGCAAGCGCCGCUGUACGGUCUGGUGCCCUACUGUUGUGAAGGCUUCUUGUAUUUGCUCCAGAUGGCUUCCUUCCUCCUUCUGCCAUUUCUGCUGCUGGUCUUUGGCCUUUGCUACGAGCUGGUCGGCAUGUUCUUCGCAAGCAACCCCGAGGAGUACGACGUCGCGUUGCGGUCAAAGUCCCACAUUCCUGAUAUCACCUUCUCUGGCGUAGUGUCAGGUCACACUCUCGAGGACUGGAUGGAAGGCCUCUCCUCGGUGUCCUUCGUGGCCUUGGUGGGCAGCACGGCGACCAGCGUGCUCGUGCUCCUCUUGAUUUGUGAGUCCAACUUUCUGAGGAACUUGCCGCCCUUUGACUUCCAGCACGCUGUACACCGCCUCAUCAAUGCCGUUGGCAACAUCAUCGUCACCACAUACUUGUGGGCAAUCCUGUCAUUCAUGAUCUCGAGUGUUCUAUGGUUCGCCAUGGUUGUGGUCAUCUACCCAGAACAGAUGCUGACCGCGCUUGCCUGUGCGGGCGGUCUCGCGGCUGUGUUUGCCACCAUGAUCUCCGGCCUGAAGACGACGAAGGAUGAGCUGGAGCGGUCUCUACGUGAAGAGAUACCGGAGGUUUUGGAACUGGCCUGCGACACUUUCCUGGACCAGUACGACAAGACCUCUUCCGGACGUUCCAAGGCCGUGAGUGCCCAGUUCCGCAAGCUGGAGGAGUCACUGGCAGAGAAUUCCUGCAAGUACGUGCGGGAACGACUCACUCAGAACAGGGAGGUCCAGGACAUCAUCAGUGUCAGCAAGAAAAAGCCGCCAAAGGAGGUCCUGGGGUGCUUGUUCAACCGCGCGCUUGUCAAGGCGAAGAACUGGGCCUCCAUUACGGCCAGCGAGAACGGCGAGGGCAACGCGAUCGAAACAACCGAGAACGUGCUCGAGUCUUUAGGCCUCCCGCAAGAGGACACGAGUGUGAUGCCUUACCUGGAUCUGCGCAUGCGAUUGGAAGACAAAGAACGCGAAGAGGGUGGCGAGAACAUCCACAACUACGGAUCCGAUCUGCAGGAGAAGCUGAUGAAGGUCUUUGUGCGCAUGCAGGAGCGCCACAUGGAAGUGGCUCCAGAUGUAGACGACGCUCUUCGCAACCCGAAGAAGUUGGCGAUUUGCAUGUCCCGCGCCAACGCUGCCAAGUUCAAGGCCUUGGAGCGGAUCAGCGAGGGCAAAGACGCCCGAUCCUCGCUUCAGAUCUGCAUCCAGGAUCUCAACCAGCAGCAAGUGGACAAAGUGUACUUGCGGAUGGUAGAACAUCUGGAUGAGUCGCUGAGCCAGGUGGACAUCUCAGAGAAAGUGACGCCCUUCGUGGAGACCACACUUCCAGCUGAGAUUGACAAGCAGGUCCGCUUCGUCCUGGACGAACAGCGGCCCCACAGCUCUGCUCAGAAACUCUUCGACACCAUCCGACGAAAGAAGAACAGCAUCAAGAGAACUGAGGUGAGACAACGACUCACGCUGAAGCGGGCCGAUGUGUCGGACGGCUUGAUAGCAUUCUUGGAAGAUGUUGGCCUUCUGGACAAGAGCGCCCAGAAGAAAAAGGCCAUGCACUACACUGCCUUUUACAAUCGCGUUGAGCGUGGAGUGCACAGCUGGAGGCGGGAAGAUGACGACGGAAUGGAAUCCAAGGAUUUGGUUGUCGACCCAGCAGACGUGGAAGAUUUUGUCCGUGAGCUGGUUCAUGGUCAGAUCUGGUGGGGUGCAAUGGAAAAGAUCCUGAAGAACAUCGGGUUCCCUUUGGCUUCAGAAAGGAACAAAAGUGAGACCAAUGUCCUCAGUCGCGAGCAGGUCAUGUACCAGUUCGAGAUGGCAGCGGCCAAGGAUGGCAUGCUUCCCAAGGACAAGUUCCUGGACUUCCUGCGCAAGAUUUCUUGCGCCGAUGUGGCUGACGGCGCUGCCGGGCGAAUUUGGAAGGCUCAGAUGGUGAUGCUUCUGCAGCACCUCAACAUCUGCGGCUUCGUAGGCAAAGUGCUCGACAAGGAGAAGGACGCAGAUGAGACGGACGAUGGGCUUCGUGAGAUGAGUGUGCAGCACUGGCCAAACUGGCUCGAGCAGGCUUGGGAGAAGGUGGCACCAAAGCUAUCGGAACACAGUGAGUCUCGGCCAUUUCUGCCGCGCACUCUGAUCUACAAGUUCAUCAAGUCUGUGGCCUUCUCCGCUGAAGAGAAGAGUCGCGUCAUGAGCGAAGACUGGAAGGCCAUGAAGGUCGUGGAUGAGGAGUACGAUACGUGGAAGUUGCAGAAGGACGCAGGUGAUUCACGGAGCUAUCUUUGGGUCAACAGAGGCAAGAGCUUACAGCGGCUGCGGGGGAUCUGGAACGAAGUUUUCUUGGACAUCCUGAGCAAGAUGGGAAGCCCAGUGCAGGACGCAAAACAAGGGCUGCUAUUGUUCCAGGAGGCGCUGAGGGAGCAGCGCAAGGUCACCAGCAGCUCUGGGUCCGAGGAGUUCGAGGGACUGCUGUCUGUGGACUUCUUGGUGAACCACUGGAUGCAGAAGAAGCUGGUGGAAAACACGGACGAAGUGUCUCUACAGAUCUUCAAGGAUGCCCUCGAGAAGGCGGAGUUCACAUUGCCCCCGUCCUCGGUGGAAGCGCUCUGGUACGCUGCCGACAAGACGAAGUGCACCCACCCUUCCCUGCGCCAGGUUAAGGACCUCGAGGAUCGGCUCGUGAUGUACAUGUCCAGCGGCAUGUUCUUCGAGUCUGUGCGCACGCUCAUCUCGAACGAGCUGCAGGUUCCCACGCUGCACGGACUGGAUGCCAAGGAGAUCAAAGCAGCCUUCAAGCAGGUCGACGAGAAAACGGGAUGCUGCGGCAUCAUUGACCCGCACGAGGUUUGCGAGCUGCUGCUGCUCCUGUCUCAAGAAGGCAUGGACCUGCAAACCGUCCAAGCGUCCUUCCAGCAGUUGCACAUGAAUCUGGACGCAGACGAUAUCCAAGAUGCGUUUAUGAUUGUCGACACCAACUGUGACGACAAGAUCGACCUCACAGAGUUCCUCAGCUUGAUCGACAAGCUGGUGGACCAGGUGAUCCCGGAAGCCAUCUUCGAGUACAUGGGCCUCUUGCGACAUCAGAUCUUGUCCAAUGUCUUGAUCAAAGUGACCACGAUCUUGACAAUGUUCCUCUUCGUCUUUGUGUCCCUGAACGCCUUCCAUGUGAAUGUGGGGCAGAAGGCGACCACUGCGGGCUCCUCCAUGAUCCGCGCGGCCCUGGCAGGCUUGGCCUUGCUCGGGCUCCGGAAUGACAAUUCCCCGGAGUACAUGGAGAAGCAGUACAACAUUGCCAGGGAGCAGCUGUACCGGAUCACCGGCGUUUCGCGCAGCCAGCUCGAAGCGCGCCGGCGCACGGGCUCCCUUGGCGCAGGUGCAAACAUGUCGUUUUCGAAAGGGCGCUUUGCUGCCAGGCGGGGCGGCGGCGGUGGCGGCAUGCUCGGCAAGGAAGACGACGAGGAAGAUGAUGGUGGUGGUGACCUUUGA